UAAUAAAGACCAAAAACGUAGACUCAUGAAUAUUAAAAAAUUUAAUUUGCUGGCUUGACAAAUUUUGAGGCCAGAUCGGGCGCAAAGCCUUGCAAAUCUGAAAGCUACGAAAGCUGUUAGUGCCAACAUUUGCAAUAACCCCCCCCCAAAAAAAGCCUCCGUAUUCAUGGUAUUUGCCACCAGUACGGGCCGUAAUAUCACAAGUAUAUAACCAGGAGUUUGGCCGAGUCGUUAAUCCUUGUGUGUAGGAUCCGUGUUGUGGGUGACCUUGCAAGUGCAGAACGUGACCCCUGCAUGGAUAAUGCACACUGUACAUGGAAACACGCAUGGAUCAUAAUUAUACGGGUCACGCACUGCACAGGGCGGUAAGGUUACACAUAUGGUUGUGGGAUCGAUACAGUGUACCCUGCAAUAUACAUGAUUGAUUUUGGCCCCCUGGAUCGUCAUGGAAAAAUAUGUAACUCUCGAGGAAUUUAGGGAAGUUUUGAGCCGACGGUUUUCGGACGAGUUUCCUCGAGUUCUAAGCGAUUACGAAGGAGUGCCUCUAUUCCCAGAAGUAGACGAGGUGGUUAAGGAACUCAAGACGUAUGACGUCAGAGAAGAUGACUGUUGGGUCGUUACAUAUCCCAAAGCAGGUACAACUUGGGUGCAAGAGAUUGUGUCCUGCGUGAUGCAUGACGGGAACCUGGAAGCAGUUAACGGGAGGCAUACCAUAUUCCGUGUGCCGUACAUUGAUCAGACGAUUCCUGCGCGAGCACGACAAUGGAAAAGUAUGCCACCCAUUCCGAAGAUCGUGGCUGAGAUGCCAUCACCCCGGGUCAUUAAGUCGCAUCUACCAGGUCAACUCCUGCCCCCGCAGCUGUGGCAGAAACAUUCCAAGCUUGUCUACGUUAUCCGCGACCCAAAGGACGUGAUUGUGUCCUUCUUCCACUUCGAGAAGAUGUUUGAUCCGGAGAAAGCUGAGAAAUCUUUUGCGGACCUCUACGAAAGGUCGAUGACCGGGAAAGGUAACCCCUGCAUUUCAUUCAUACAUGUACAGUGUGAUCUGCGAGGUAAUAUCGAGAGGGUCAGUCUGUUUCUGGGCAAGAACCUGUCAGCCGAGAUACUGGAUGCGAUUACGGAGCACUGCACGUUCAGCAACAUGAAGAAGAACCCCAUGACAGACAUGGACACACUGUACCCGCACAGCAUAAAAACAGGAGGUACCUUUAUGCGAAAAGGCAACGUUGGGGGUUGGAAAGAUUGGUUCACUGUGGCACAGAACGAAGCCAUGGACGCCCUCAUUAAGGACAAGCUGCACGGCACCGGACUCACCUUCUACUAGUCAAGCAAGCUGCGCUCAUUCCCAGCUGAACAUCAUUACACUGACAAACAGCUAUGAGCAAGUGCGAUCAAAACUGUACAAAAAAGCACAAUCGAGAAAAUGCACAGAAUACACAAUUCACUAUGAAAUGAUAAUGCAUGUUGUUGAAACGAUUGCUAACAGGUAUAUUUGACCGUUCACAAACCUAUCAUAGACAUGUGCUGUUUUUGUAUGAUCACCGCGCGAAGGAAAUUGGGGAUAAGAAGGUUGUGUUUCCCUAAGAAUCGAGUCAUUGGAGCAUGCAAUAGUUGUCAUUCCAGUACCCCUGGGGCGUCGCACAUUUAACAGUAUGGGCGUCCGCUGGGGUGUCAAUGCCAGCCUGCCCACACAAAAAUGACAAAUUGAGAAAAUGCAAGUCAGAGAGCAAG